AUGAAGCUGCUAAGUUGGAUGCGCACUAUAAAGCAAAAUGGCGUAGACCCAUCAAAGGAGUUCAAAGGUGAUUUCUGUUGUCUAAGAGCUCAGGUUUCCUCUGAAGUUCAAGACAUCCGUACAAACUCCUUCUCCUUCUCCUUCUCCGGACCAUCUCAUGACCCGAAUCCACCGGAACUUGAUGACGAACUCCGGUUUGAUAAAAACGGGUUCAGCGGAUUUCUGGCGAUCGGGACGCUUGGCAGAGAUCCUGAAACACCGAAAUUCGCAGCUUUGGUUGCAGAAGAAGAUGUAGCUGGAGCACAAAAAGAGAUGGCAAAGCUCAUUACUGAGAAACUAGACAAGUUUCUUGAGGAAUACCCUGAGGAUACUAGCAGUAAGCGGGUACAGAGAUCGAAUGCAGAAGGAGAUAGAGAAUCAGAUGUACGUCCAACACAAGGUUAUGAUCUCUUUCGAUCCUCGAUUGAGCUUACGAAGAGAAGCAACAAAGUAAAGAAGAAGAAGGGUUUACUGACGAGCCUCUUCAAGAGAAGAAAGACAGUAGAAGGAGAGUGUAAUUCCAUGGAGAAACAUGGCACAGGAGAUUUGAUUAAAAGGAUAUGUGCAAAGCUCCAUGGGUCUUCUACAAAGAAGAGAAAUGAUGAUGAUGCUGUAGAUUCUACUCCCAAGAAGAAAGAUCUCAGAAAGAGUGUUCAAAUCCUCCGAAGUAAAGUCCACCCCGUUCUCUAUGCACCUGCAGCAAGAGAGGAUAACAAGAUAGAUGGCAGAAGAAGCUGCAUCAACCGCUGCGAUCUCAACAUCCCGAAUCUUAAUGAAGGGUUUCUCGUUUCGAGUUCCAUCUCUGAAGGGAACAGGAAAGGAGAAAACUGGAUCAAGACUGAUGCAGAGUAUCUUGUUCUGGAACUGUGAAGACCAACACACAUUGCAACAAACCUCCAUUGAUGUUCCAAGCAAUCUGCUAUCAAAC